CGUAAAACGUUUUUAACAGAUCAUGACGACUAUAAAUCAAUGUUUUCCUAUCUAUGAUUUAAUAUGUGUACAAAUAUGUUCACAACUACCGCGCUUCAGUGCUUGCUUCGUACUUCUAGAGCAACUUUUUUGAUGUGACAGAACGGCAUAUAAAUCGAUUUUCAAUUUCAGACAAUUCGGUGUGUAUGCUUUUUUCUCUUCGUUUUCAACAGAUGGAAAGGUCAUUUCUUCUCAGUUCCAAUUGUAUUUUGUUGCUCUCGUGCUUCUUAACACCGAGAACUGAAUAUUCAUAAAUAUAUACACGAGUAUUCUGGGCUACUAAUUAAUAUAAAGGACAUAUGACCUCGACUGUGACUAAUACAGGCAAUUGCAAAAGCAUAGCUCGUUGUUAUGCCGAUGUAAACGCCAAUAUGCCUGCUUCCUAUUGGGAUUAUGACAAUCUUCAAGUAGAAUGGGGCAAUCAGGACAAUUACGAAAUUGUUCGUAAAGUGGGUCGUGGCAAAUACUCAGAGGUUUUUGAAGGAAUCAAUAUUACCGUUAACGAGAAGUGCAUUAUAAAGGCAUUGAAACCCGUCAAGAAGAAGAAAAUCAGACGUGAAAUUAAAAUUCUCCAAAAUCUAGCAGGUGGAACUAACAUUGUUAGAUUAUUGGAUAUAGUCAGGGAUCCUAUUUCCAAAACACCAGCUAUUAUUUCUGAGUAUGUCAAUAAUACGGAAUUCAAGAUUCUUUAUCCCCGAUUCACAGCCUAUGACAUUCAAUAUUAUAUGUAUGAAUUGCUGAAGGCCCUCGAUUACUGCCAUUCAAAGGGUAUCAUGCACCGUGACGUUAAGCCUCAUAAUGUCAUGAUCGAUCACGAAAAAAGACAACUACGUUUAAUUGAUUGGGGCUUGGCAGAAUUCUAUCAUGCUGGCACAUCUUAUAAUGUUCGUGUUGCUUCUAGGUACUUUAAAGGCCCUGAACUUUUAGUCGAUUUCCAAGAAUACGAUUAUAGUUUAGAUAUGUGGAGUUAUGGCUGUAUGUUUGCCAGUAUGAUCUUCCGUAAAGAGCCUUUCUUCCAUGGUCAUGAUAAUUACGACCAAUUGGUUAAGAUUGCUCGUGUUCUUGGCACGGAUGAGCUCUUCAGAUAUGUUGAAAAGUACCAAAUUACACUUGCUGCCGAGUACAACAACAUUUUGGGUAGGCAUGUGCGUAGACCUUGGAAUAAAUUUAUUACAAGUGACAACCAGCGUUUUAUUUCUGACGAAGCUAUUGACUUCUUGGAUAAAUUAUUGAGAUAUGAUCAUCAAGAACGUCUUACAGCUAAAGAAGCUAUGGCACACCCUUAUUUCGGUAUGUUUUUUUGAUCUUUGAAGUUACGGCUAUAUUAUCAGAAGACUGACAAUAGCUUUCCCCAUUCAUUGUCUUUCAGAUCCUGUGAGACCUAAUCAAGCAUAAAACCGUUGUAAAGAAUUAUACACAUAUCAUAUAUAAACUCCUUACUUUUUUGAAUAAAAUUCCAUGAUCUAACUCACGU